CUUCAUAAAGCACACCAACUGUGCUACUGUUGUGUUUGUCUUGGAAAUAAUCUGUCACAGUGAGGAGUAAUCUGACGAAUUUAGACAUGAUCUCUGUGGGACUGGCUCUGAUUCUGGGCUUGAUCAUUCUGGUUAUUUUUGAGAUAAUCAGGAUUAUUUCUUCCAAAGCAAAAACUCCACCUGGACCCAUACCUCUGCCUUUUGUGGGGACCUUACCAUAUUUUAUUAUGGAUCCAAUGGAAUCAAUCAGAUCACUAUCUCAGUAUGGAGAGAUGUCCACUGUGUAUGUUGGAAGCCAGCCAGCAAUAGUCCUAAAUACAAUCCAAGUCACCAAGGAAGCCCUGGUCCAGGAAGGAUCAUCUUUUUCUGGAAGACCAGCCUUACCUCUUAUAGAUUGGAUAACUAAUGGACUUGGUAUAAUAAUGGUCACAUUUGGUCACUCCUGGAGGCAGCAAAGGCGAUUUGCUCUCCACACGCUGAGGAAUUUUGGCCUGGGGAAGAAAUCAGUGGAAGAAUGUGUUUUAGAGGAAGGCCGCUACCUGAUCGCUGAAAUGCUCAAAGCAGAAGGCAAACCAAUCAACCCUCAACAUGCCAUACACAAUGCAGUUUCCAACAUUAUCUGUUCCAUUGUCUUUGGAGAUCGCUUCGAAUAUGAUAACAAGCGCUUUGAAUACCUUCUGAAAAUCCUGAAUGAAAACUUCAUGCUCUCUGGGUCACUUGUGGGACAGAUUUUCAACUUGGCCCCCUUCAUCAAGCACUUCCCUGGACCACACCAGAAGAUCUUUCGGAAUGCCACUGAGUUAUUGGGUUUUAUCCGGGAAGAAGUCAAAGAACACAGGGAAACUUUGGACCCAGACAACCCACGAGACUUCAUUGAUGCCUACCUGCUGGAGAUAGAGAAAAACAAGUCCAAUGAGGACUCCACGUUUCAUGAGGAGAACAUGGUGAUGUCAACAGCUGACCUGUUCUUGGCUGGAACCGACACCACUUCGACCACCAUCAGAUGGGGACUUAUCUUCUUGAUGGAAAACCAAGACAUACAAGAGCGAUGUCAUGAAGAAAUAAUUCGGGUGCUGGGUUUCGACCGCCUGCCCAGCAUGGAUGAUCGCGACAAACUGCCGUACACGAACGCCACUGUUCACGAGAUUCAGCGCUGUGCCAAUAUUGUACCCCUUGGUGUGAUUCACCAAACGACUCAGCCCACAAAACUACAAGGAUACGACAUUCCCAAGGGAAUGAUGGUCACGACAAACUUAACAGCAAUUUUCACUGAUAAAGAGCACUGGAAGCAUCCAGACACCUUUAACCCAGAUAAUUUCUUAGAUGAGAACGGACAUUUCUGCAAACCAGAGUCUUUCAUCGCCUUCUCCAUGGGUCCGAGGGUGUGUCUUGGUGAGACCCUGGCGAGAACGGAGCUCUUCCUUUUUAUCACAUCUCUGCUACAGCAAAUUCGUUUUUCUUGGCCACCCAAGGCAAAGCACAUAAACAUGGAUGGCAUCAUUGGCAUAGUCCGUUAUCCUCAGCCAUUCAACAUCGUUUGCCACAGCAGGGAUGCCAAAGAUUGAUAAUCAUUAACCUUUCUGGCCCAAUAUGCAUUGACAGGUUAAAAAAGGACAGUGUUAGCAUACAAAUUCAAGAAUAGUUCAGGAAACUUGGUGUUGAAACAGUCAAAUAACCAAUUGCCAGUUUUAUAACAUCAACAUCAGUCAAUGCGGAUGCAUCUUAAAAAUGUUGAAGGUCCUAAAGGUGCCAUUUAUGUUUUAGGCAGAGCCAUGUAUUAAGAUGUAAGAAUUCAAAGACAUUUUGACCAUUGAAUUGUCAUGCCUUUUCCAGUCAUUUGUGAUUAGUGGAUAACAAUUAUUAUUUUAGAGCUAAGCGUAACUAGAAAAAGUAAUAUUCACUCAAUGACAUUUUAAGAUUGUAACAAUUUCUAUGAUUUUUCCAGACCUGGAAAUCCCAAUUUUAAUAUUCACUGAUAUAUACCCCAUUUAAAACUAUACUAUGUUGGGACAUUGUCACUUGCCAUUUUGCAGUAAUUGUGAUUUUUUUUAUUUUAUUAUUAUUAUUAUUAUAAUUAUUUUAUACAUUUAAAAUUGUUUUUAAAAAUGUGUAAUAAAAUGUUAUGUACAAUGCAUGUGUAGAAAAUAGAGAUGCACUUUUUCCACAAGCGGUAAGACAUUGGUUACACCAUGGGCGCGUGCGCAAUGCGUUUCCCACCUUGAAAAAGCUCAUCAUGAGAGUAAGCAUUGCUGAUUGGGUAAAAAUAUGAUCAUGCUGCGAUAAAUGAUUGUUCUUGAAGGAAAAUAUGAUUUAUGAAAAUUAAUCAAAAUUAAUCAAAUUGAGGACCGAGAGCGAUCUCCAUAUGGUGCUGUCACUCACUGUCUUUCUGGAAUCUGAGGGACUCAGAUUCCAGAAAGCAACAACAUCUACUCCAUAAUGCUCUGACGAAGCCCAUGAGGACUUUCAUCUGGAGGAAAUUUGUUCUUGUGAAAUGGUUUGGAUUUUCAGCACCUUGGGCAGCAUUAAUAUGUCAAUCGACACUGACCUGUCAAAGGUCAUCUAUAAAAACAGCCAAUAACCACUACAUUUGUGAACACAUACUGUAACCACAAUGGUAAAAGCUCUAUCGUGGAAAAUUACUUACUAUGAAACAUUAAUACAGAAAACAAGUAAACAAACACUUUUGUGAUUGUGAGCGUAACAUCAAAUUCUGUAGUUUAUACCGUAGAUUAUCUUUCACUUGAGGGCAGCUAACAGGUUUUCUGUGUGCUGAACUGGUUUCAGAUGCUCUGUUAGAAGGACUGGCUCUCUCUUCCGGGCUGUUCUUUACAUCAGGUUCAACUGUGGGACUUUAUAACAGGAUAUCCACUAUCAAACAGUGCCUUUGGCUUUCAGACAGUCAUUUUUAGGUUCAAAGAGCACCUUAGAAGACAUGGAGGGAAUACAUACACUGGCGGCCAAAAGUUUGGUAUAAUGUACAGAUUUUUCUGUUUCGGAAGGAAAUUGGUACGUUAAUUCACCAAAGUGGCAUUUAACUGAUCACAAAAUAUAGUCAGGACAUUAUUGAUGUAAAAAAAACAGCAUCAUCACUAUUUGAAAAAAGUCAUUUUUGAUCAAAUCUAGACAGGCUCCAUUUCCAGCAGCCAUCACUCCAACACCUUAUCCUUGAGUAAUCAUGCUAAAUUGAUCAUUUGGUACUAGAAAAUCACUUGCCAUUAUAUCAAACACAGCUGAAAGCUAUUUGGUUCAUUAAAUGAAGCUUAACAUUGUCUUUGUGUUUUUGAGUUGCCACAGUAUGCAAUAGACUGGCAUGUCUUAAGGUCAAUAUUAGGUCAAAAAUGGCAAAAAAAAAAGAAACAGCUUUCUCUAGAAACUCAUCAGUCAAUCAUUGUUUUGAAGAAUGAAGGCUAUUCAGUGGUUGAAAUUGACGACUCACAUGUCCUCAGCUGACAGCUUCAUUGAAUUCCACCUGCUCAACACCAGUUUCAUGUACAACAGUAAAGAGAAAACUCAGGGGUGCAGGCCUUAUGGGAAGAAUUGCAAAGAAAAAGCCACUUUUGAAACAGAAAUACAAAAAGAAAAUGUUAGAGUGGGCAAAGAAACACAGACAUUGGACAACAGAUAAUUGGAAAAGAGUGUUAUGGAUCUUAACCCCACUGAGCUUUUGUGGGAUCAGCUAGACUGUAAGAUGCGUGAGACGUGCCCGACAAGACAGCCAUAUUUAUGGCAAGUGCUACAGGAAGUGUGGGGUGAAAUGUCACCUGAGUAUCUGGACAUUUGACAGCUAGAAUGCCAAGGAUCUGCAAAGCUGUCAUUGCUGCACGUGGAGGAUUUUUUGAUGAGAACUCUUUGAAGUAGUUUAAGAAGUUCUGAAUUUUUUUUUUCAAAUUGUAAUAUUAAUUUUUCACGUUAUUAAUGUCCUGACUAUUGUGAUCAGUUGAAUAUACUGUAUACUGCAACAAGAAAACUUUG